UGUGUGUGUGUGUUUGCUGGGGUGGGAGGGGGACAUGACAGAACCAGGAGUAAGGAGGCAACCAUAUACCCGGGGCCAUUUAUGAUUAUAGGUCCUGCCUGGUUGAACCUGGGCGGCUGGUGUGGUGAGGAUAGGUGCUUUCAAGGAUAGCCUGGGAUUGUGGCCAAGUGGAUGCCUAAGAGGCUCAGCCUCCGGGAUUUGGGACCAGCCAGCCCUGGACUCCGGCUAGCCCAGGCACUGCCUCACUCCGGAGAGGUGGGGGUGCGGAGAAUAACAGAAAGGCUAAUGUUUCUUCCUGCCCCACCAAAAGGCAGGUUUGGGGAGUUUGAGUCCACACAGAGACCAGAAGCCACCUCCCCCUCAGGCUUUCCCACAGAGAGCUGCCCGUGGGGAUUCCUCUCAGAGAUUAGUCUCUACUUGGAGACAGCGCUCCCCGCGGCGCCAGGGCGGAGCUGAGCUCCAGAUGUCCAGGCGCGCACAGCUGGAGGGUCACGUGGUAGCAGCCCCGGCCCCCCUUUCCUGCCAACGCUGCAUUUGGCCCAGGCCCCGUCCAUGGCUGCCCUUGGGACCCUGCGCUGAGCCCCGGAGGCCCUGGCGUCCGGGGCUGCGCCGCUCCCAAGGGACAAGCGUGAGUGUCAGGAUCCCAAGGACCAACGUGGGGGCGCGGGCGCCUGCCACGCGGACAUGAGGCGGAGGCUGCGCCUCCGCGGGGACGCGUCGCUCACGCUGCUCCUCGGCGCCGCCCUCGGUCUCCUUCUCUACUCACAGCGCGAAGGCGCGGCCCCGACGACAAGCUCCCCGCGAACGCACAGGAAGGCAGCGCCGGAGCCCACCCCCGGACUCCGCGUCUUCCAGGCACCGGACGCAGGCGCAGCCGCAGCCCCGCCGGCCUACGAAGGGGACACACCGGAGCCGCCCACACCCACGGGACCCUUUGACUUUGGCCGCUAUCUGCGCGCCAAGGACCAGCGGCGCUUCCCCCUUCUCAUUAAUCAGCCGCGCAAGUGCCGAGGAGAUGGCUCACCCGAAGGUGGACCCGACCUGCUCAUCGCGGUCAAGUCAGUGGCGGCGGACUUCGAGCGGCGCCAAGCGGUGCGCCAGACGUGGGGUGCUGAGGGUCGCGUGCAGGGGGCGCUCGUGCGCCGCGUGUUCUUGAUGGGCGUGCCCAGGGCCGCGGGCACAGAAGGGGCAGAAGCGGAGGGGGAGGGCACGCGAACCCACUGGCCUGCCCUGCUGCGUGCUGAGAGCCGGGCGUAUGCGGACAUCCUGCUCUGGGCUUUCGACGACACUUUCUUCAACCUAACGCUCAAGGAGAUCCACUUUCUGGCCUGGGCCUCGGCCUACUGCCCCGAUGUGCGCUUUGUUUUUAAGGGCGACGCAGACGUGUUCGUGCACGUGGGGAACCUGCUAGAGUUCCUAGCGCCGCGAGACCCGGCGCAGGACCUGCUCGCGGGUGACGUGAUCGUGCAGGCGCGGCCAAUCCGUGCGCGAGCCAGUAAAUACUACAUCCCUGAGGCGGUGUAUGGCCUGCCCGCCUACCCGGCCUACGCUGGUGGUGGGGGCUUUGUGCUUUCAGGGGCCACGCUGCAUCGCCUGGCCGGCGCCUGCGCACAAGUUGAGCUUUUCCCCAUUGACGACGUCUUUCUGGGCAUGUGUCUACAGCGCCUUCGGCUCACACCAGAGCCCCACCCUGCUUUCCGCACCUUUGGCAUUCCCCGUCCUUCAGCAGCGCCGCACCUGCGCACCUUUGACCCCUGCUUUUACCGGGAGCUGGUUGUAGUGCACGGGCUCUCAGCCGCGGACAUCUGGCUUAUGUGGCGCCUACUGAAUGGGCCCCAAGGGCCAGCCUGUGCCCGUCCGUGGCCUGUCGCUGCUGGCUCUUUCCAGUGGGGCCCCUAGCCACCUUCAUGGCCCCAAGCUCCCCUCCCUCAGACCCAGGAGGACUAUUGCCAUGUAUGUAGUUCUUUCCCAGAGGUGGAAUAUUUCAAAAUCUAGCCCAUGUCCCCGGAAGUCUGCCUCCAUAAGUCCCCAGGGAGUUAAGAUUGAGCUCGGCUCUUGCUGACCUACCUUACUGGGAUCUGAUGUAGAACCAACUGAAUGGUAGCCCUUUGAGACAUCUAGGUUUGAGGCCUUAGGGCACCAGGCUCUGCCGAUCAGACAUGUUUGAUCCUCCUAGUACCAAGUAGGUUUUUGGGGGUUGGGGAUGGGUGGUUGCAGAGGCUCAGAAUCUGACCAUACUGCUUGAUUUGGAAGUCUUCGAGUGAUCCAAAUGCGGGUCUCUCUCAAGGCUGGAGGAGGUGUGGGGGCCUGGAACUGGCAGGCAUUUUGUUACAACUCACUCUGAAGGUAGGCACUGUGCUUCCCACCUGCCCCUCCAAACUGGAUUUUUAGCCCUGUACUGAUCUUUAGAUCUUCUUCUAGAGGUCUCCUUUCCCUAAGCCAACCCCUCAUGGGCCCUGGUCUGGCUGGAACACCAGUGAUGGAGGAACACAGGGACAACCAAGUGCACAGUCCUACCUGAAGUCUUUCUCUACCACCUAAGAAUUUACACACACAACAAUGCUAGUCUCCUACCAGGGGCUGUGCUGCCCCACUCAGAAGAAACAAGGAACCUAAGAUGACUCCACCAUAAAAUUUCCCAUAUUCUUCACCCACUUUCUUAAAAAUCAACACCUCCAUGCUUAUUUUAGUACAAAUAUCCCAGCAACAGCACAUGACGAGCCGCUGCUGAGGGCAUAGGUCUUUAUUGGAGGGGUAUGGGCAGGGCAUGAGGAAGGUGCCCCUAUUCUAGGAAGAUGGGGAUAGUCCUGGCUGGCCCUACAGUGGGAUGUGUGUGUGUGGGGUCUCUGGCCAGGCCACAGUCCAAAUGGGAAGACACCAGUCAGUCACAAAAUUAUGGGAGCGCCACAUAAACCUGGCUGUAAGUCCAGGAACCACCUAGAAGCCUGGGGCAGGUCCCCUGCACAUUCAUUGUUAAACUCUACAGGAUGAGGCUGUACAUGAGUUAAUUACAAAAGAGUCAUAUUUACAAAAAUCUGUACACACAUUUGAAAAACUCACAAAAUUGUCAUCUAUGUAUCACAAGUUGCUAGACCAAAAUAUUAAAAAUGAGAUAAAAUUA